AUGGCUGGAGGCGGUGCUACCGUCACUGAGGGUCUCGAUAUAGCCUAUGGCCCUGCAGGUUGUCUCCCAUGUCCAAAAGUCGUGAAGCGAAAUGAAGCUGAUUGUGCGAAAGGCUACAAGGGACUUGUUCGUGAGCCCUAUAUCUUCUUCCUGGCAUGCUUUGCCAGUGUCGGAGGCCUCCUCUUUGGUUACGAUCAAGGCGUCAUUUCCGGUGUCAUUGUCAUGAACAACUUCGCCAAACAGUUUCCCGACCUGGUCAACAACCCCAACCUGCAGGGCUGGAUGGUCUCUGUCUUGACCCUCGGAGCCAUGUUCGGCGCCCUCGCCAACGGUCCUAUCGCCGACCGCCUCUCCCGCCACUGGUCUCUCCUCCUCGCGAACAUUGUCUUCCUCGUCGGCUCCAUCAUCCAAGCCGCUGCCAUAAAUGUAGCGAUGAUGUUCGUAGGCCGCUUUGUUGCCGGACUGUCCAUCGGCAUGCUUUCCAUGGUUGUUCCGCUGUACCUGAGUGAGCUUGCGCCCCCAAACAUCAGGGGAAGUCUUAUCGCGCUCCAGCAACUCGGUAUCACCGUUGGCAUCAUGGUUGCGUUCUGGCUGGAUUAUGGCACCCAGCACAUCGGAGGCACCGCCGCACCGGCGAUACCCAAAGUCCCAUCGCCUGGCGAUUGCCGCUGGCUUUGCAGUCGCGAGGAGGAGGCGCUGUCCACUCUUUGCAGGCUCAGACGAGUUCCGACGACCGACGAUCGAGUGAAGCUCGAACUCUUGGAAAUCAAAGCUGCAGCAAUCUUCGAUCAAGAAACCGAUACUGCCGGAUUUUCGGGCACACAACCGGGCUUCAUGCGGGCUCUCCACCAGUACCAAGAGUUGUUUACAGUGCGCCACUUGAGCAGGCGUCUCCUCAUUGCUUUCAUGCUUCAAAUUAUUCAACAGUUCACAGGAAUCAGUAACUAUGCGCCGCAAAUCUUCCGAUCCAUUGGGCUGAGUGGCAACUCCACUGAUCUCCUAGCCACAGGCGUGGUUGGCGUGAUAAACUUCUUUUCGACGAUUCCAGCCAUCAUGUUCCUUGAUAGAUGGGGCCGUCGCAAGGUAUUGAUGAUUGGCGCCGUUGGCAUGGGUGUCUCGCAGCUCAUCGUUGGCACCCUUAUUGCGGUGUACAGGAACUCCUGGGCGGAGCAUAGAGAUGCUGGGUGGGCUGCGGCAGUUUUCAUCUGGAUUUACAUCUCCAAUUUCGCAUUCAGCAUUGGAUGCGUAAAUUGGAUUAUGCCGUCUGAGAUGUUUCCUCCCGGAGUUCGAGCCAAGGCUGUUGGACUGGCAAUCGGCUCCAACUGGCUGACAAAUUUCAUCGUGGCGCUCAUCACACCGAGAAUGCUGAGAUCAAUCAGCUUUGGGACGUUCUACUUUUUCCUCGCGUUCUGCGUCAUCCUGCUCGUGUGGGUGUACUUCGGAGUGCCUGAGACGAAGGGCGUCCGCAUUGAAGAGAUGGACAAGCUCUUCGGCGGUAAUCAAGGUGAAGCCGAUAUGAAAAGGAUUGCAGGCAUUCGCGAGAGACUCGGUAUAGUUCCUCCGGCUCCGGACAGUGUUUCGCGUGAGAAGUCCCGAUGCGCCAACUCCAAGGUUGACGUUGUGCACUGUGAGUACCGGGAGGAGUAA